CGCUGAGCAGCGCUCACUUGGAGCGCGGCAAGCGAGCUAGACAAGCCUGAUUCCAUGUCCCCCGCUGCCACCCUGCCAGGAGCGCGAAGAUGAUGGCCAUGAACUCCAAGCAGCCUUUCGGCAUGCACCCGGUGCUGCAAGAACCCAAAUUCUCCAGCCUGCACUCCGGCUCCGAGGCCAUGCGCCGAGUCUGUCUCCCAGCCCCGCAGCUGCAGGGUAAUAUAUUUGGAAGCUUUGAUGAGAGCCUGCUGGCACGCGCCGAAGCUCUGGCGGCGGUGGAUAUCGUCUCCCACGGCAAGAAUCAUCCGUUCAAGCCCGACGCCACCUACCAUACCAUGAGCAGCGUGCCCUGCACGUCCACUUCGUCCACCGUGCCCAUCUCCCACCCAGCCGCGCUCACCUCUCACCCGCACCACGCCGUGCACCAGGGCCUCGAAGGCGACCUGCUGGAGCACAUCUCGCCCACGCUGAGUGUGAGCGGCCUGGGCGCUCCGGAACACUCGGUGAUGCCCGCACAGAUCCAUCCACACCACCUGGGCGCCAUGGGCCACCUGCACCAGGCCAUGGGCAUGAGUCACCCGCACACCGUGGCGCCUCACAGCGCCAUGCCAGCAUGCCUCAGUGACGUGGAGUCAGACCCGCGCGAGCUGGAAGCCUUCGCCGAGCGCUUCAAGCAGCGUCGCAUCAAGCUGGGGGUGACCCAGGCGGACGUGGGCGCAGCUCUGGCUAAUCUCAAGAUCCCCGGCGUGGGCUCGCUGAGCCAAAGCACCAUCUGCAGGUUCGAGUCUCUCACUCUCUCGCACAACAACAUGAUCGCGCUCAAGCCGGUGCUCCAGGCCUGGCUGGAGGAGGCCGAGGCCGCCUACCGAGAGAAGAACAGCAAGCCAGAGCUCUUCAACGGCAGCGAACGGAAGCGCAAACGCACGUCCAUCGCGGCGCCGGAGAAGCGUUCACUCGAGGCCUAUUUCGCUAUCCAGCCACGUCCUUCAUCUGAGAAGAUUGCGGCCAUCGCUGAGAAACUGGACCUUAAAAAGAACGUGGUGAGAGUCUGGUUCUGCAACCAGAGACAGAAACAGAAACGAAUGAAGUAUUCGGCUGUCCACUGACUGCGGCAGGGCGCAGCGUCGGGAGCUGGGAGAGCCUAGUGCUCAUCCCUCCGGGGUUGGGGGGAUGGUUAUUGGG